ACUUUUCUCAGUGCUGAAUGAAGUUAUUGGUCUGUACCAAAUAAAGUAAGUGAGCAAAAGAAUUUUUGGCAAAGCCAGCUUUGGGGGCAGAUCAUAUACUAUGUAGGAUGAUUGCUGAAAUUUUCUCUUGGGGUGAUGCCAUUUGACCUUUUAUUGCAAUUGCUGUUGUGAAGCAUUAGAACCUACCCCAGGGCAUGCUUGCAUAAAGAGGUCUUAUGUUGGUCAGUGUUGGUCCUGAGUUAAUUAUCUGAUCCUGAUUCUUCUCAAAUCUUUGGGCUCUGUCGCGUUCAGUUUGAAAACUUUGCAAUAAAUGAAAAAUGAAUUUAACAUUUGUGGUGGUAGUAAAGCCAAGACAGAGUGGCUAAAAAUGACUGUGAACUCUAAUCUAUGCAGCUAGAAGUUCCUGGUUGCUGCCUGGUUGAUCAGUAAGGUCGUUAUCAACCAAGAGACUUCUGAGAACUGGCUUGGCUUUUCGGUGGACAUCAUCUACCAAUAUUUGACCAUGAAGCAGAGAGGUAAGGUUGUUUACUCCUCAUCUAAACUGAACAGAACAGCAGCAAGGUAAGAAGUCAGCGCAUCUAAGCUCUUCCAUAUCUCCUGGGUGAGGCAUUGUCUAUGAUUUUGGAGUCUUCAUGACGCUAUCGGUGCUUACCCUUCUAUUUUAUCUCUUCUUGCUACUUCUAGUGUCCUUGAGUUAUUGUUCAUUUACUCCCAAGGAAACAUUCCCCUCUUAGUUUUCUUAUGCUGUUGUUUGUUGGCUUUAGCUAAUCAACAUUUUGUCAAGUGAAUCUCUCUCAUAUGCUUGAAUUUAUCUUUAGUUCAUUUUGUUGCUUAUACUGUACUUAGCGUUGUUUCCGGUAUUUCUUUGCGACUCAUAAGCAAGUGACUCCAGACUACCUUGGUCGGUGAAUUUGAAAGGAACAUAGAUACUCAUUAACAUUCUUAGACUGUAAUUUUCUAUCUUCUAAGACUAUUAUAUCUCUUGUUAAGAGGGUGACUAGACUAAUGGUGCCAAUGUUGCUCCAUGUUUACUGACUUGCACUUUUGAUGUGUUCCACAUCUGAUUUGAUUUGAUCUGAUGUUAUUGAUUGUGCUUUUCUUUAACUGCUGCUGUCGAGAACUGUGUUUAUCUAAUUCCUCUUCCCCCCUUGUCUAAACAUACUUCCUGUAUGCAAAUUGUAUCUUCACACUCGGAAUUUGCACGUGUUUAAAAAUAAAAGUUAGAUGUAGGAUAGAAAUUUGAAAGUGGUAAGAGAGAACAGAGAUGAAGUGAGAGAAACAGUUGGGAAAGAGAAACUUUUUGAUGGGAUGGAGUAGAAUGGGAAAUAGCAAGUAUAAAGAAGAUUUUGGUACACCCCCAAAUGGAAAGUAUGAAGAUAAAUUUAGGGUAGGUGGUACUUAAUUUGCACUUGAUUUCUGUUGAUCAGAAAAAAGUAGAGUUAUUUUUCUUCUGUUUCUUAUAAUUUCCUUAUUUGGUUAACUUUUCUUACUGUUAGGAGUAUUCUGUGGUUUGGGCCAUCAGUUGGUUCACUCAGUUACAUAUAGGGCCAGAGCCCCAGACCAUAUCCAUAAUAGUAGCUUGAUCUUCGGACCUUUGGACUACAUUUAAGGCCGAAAGGGUAGCUGAACCCCGCCCAGGCUGGCAGACUUACUAGAGCUGAGGUGCUGAGCCCAUGUUGAUCAGCUGCCAUUAAUUAAUGUCUUGAAGUUCUGUAGUUGUUGUGGUUUGUUGUUAUGUGAUCUGUAAUGUGCACCAACCAUGUUUUUCUGAUAAACCUUGCUGAUAAGAAGUGUUCUGCAUCUAAGAUAAGAUAAACCAACUCUGUUGUCUGACGUCUAAAUGCAUAUCUUGAGCAAUAGCAGUUUACUGCACAAAGCAAAUCAAGUCUUUCGUUACAUCAUGUGGUGCGUCAUGAUUUGUAUGACUAUCAUCAACUUAUCUUUCAAAGUUUUGUGUUUUAAAUGUCUGUCCUGCAAAUAUUGCCUAUUUGCCCAAACAACAAGUCUAGAAACAUGUAAAAGAUGACUCUCUUUAUUUAACUAUAUUGACUGACAUUAAUAGAAGGACUAGGAUGAGGAAGUAAAGCUAAUACAGAGUAUAAGUUAUGCUGUUCAAUUUAUGCAAAAACCUCCGACAUUGAGCUUUUUUAAAAAUUAGUUUUUUUAUCCCAAAACACUCUUCCAAACCUCUCCUAAUCAAACAUUCCCAUCAGUUUUUUGAAAUGGUCAAACCUUUAAUUCACUUCAAAAAACGUUUUUUCUCCAAAAUAACCAAACACCCUCAAUUCCAUAAACUUGGGGCACUUAUAGAUUACAGAAGUAUGAAUCUGGCAUGCUCUCAUGUAUUUGAUUUGGGAUCAUAUUUAAUCUUUCAGAAUCUCCAUAUUGGUGUAUUAGGUUCGUUUCUUAUUGAUUUGGCCCUAAUUUAGACCCACAUGUCAUUAAUAAGAUUUGUGGAUUUUGACUUUUAGUUGUAGAAGCUAAAAUAAUACUUGUAUUAUAUGUAGUGGCAAUAGUGUUUGAAGCACUUGUUGAACAAGAGAUUAAAAGUUCAAACCCCAUGUCCCUUCUGUGUUUUUGGCCAAAAUCUGCCACUCUAUGGUUCUUGGGAAUGGGUUUAUACUUUAUAGGGUAAGCAUAAUCUCCAUUAUUGUGUUUAAUUAUUUAGAAAUGGACAACUUCAUGAACAGGCAUGACAUUGUUCGCACUCUCCUCAUAUUUUACUUUAAGUAAUUGUUUUGUAUCCCUUUUCCCAUUUUUUCAUUGUUUCUGCUUUCCUUUUCAAUCACCUUUUUCGUUGUUUCGAAAUCUUUUCUUGUCAGGCCUACCAUUUUCUUCUUAUUACCCCAAAAUUGCCCCUCUUAACAAUUUCAUUUACUCCCACUAUUACAUUUUUACUUCCACUAUAAAACUGAACCCACCCAGUAAUUUUCUUUUAAUCAUAUUCAGCGAGUAGAGAUCUUCCCUCUCAAUUUCUGCGGCGAUUGCGGCAAAACAUUGAAGAACACCUUGUAGACUUGUGGACACUACACAUACACAUCCUCAAGAUUUUGACAUAUAUGAAGUGGGGUUAUUAUUUUUGAAAAAGAUUGGGAACUUAAUGAAGCAUAUCUCAGUAAAUCCAAUAAUUGAAUGGGGCCUUUACCCUCAUCCAGCCGUUUUCUUCAAUAAGAUAAUAGAUUUAAAAAUUCUACAUAUAUUUAAGUUAAAAUAAUAAAAUAGUAUUGUAUUCCACACUUCUUGAUAAUGUGGUCCUCUGCAAUGAUUCACGUGUUCAUUGUGAUGUAUAAAUUCGAACAAGCGCUGUUUGUAGUUUGUACACAUAUUUUGAUGCAUUUUGUAUGUGAAUGCUAAGUGUUUUUCUUGCUUUUUAGUCAGUUGCAUACAGAGUAUUUAUUUUCAAGUUGACUGCUAGUACUUUUAAAGUAUUCAGUGGAGUUGAUCAGAUGGAGACAGUAACUUCUUCUAUAAUUUUCAAUGUGCAUUCACCUAUCAAUCAUGCCUUGUUAAUUUUUGUUGAUCUACUUGUGAUUUUCAUUUCUAUAUUUCUACUUGUACACAAGUCAUCAAUACGGAAUGUUUCAGCUUUACCAGAACCUCGAUUUCCUUCGGGUGUGGCCAUUAUAUCUGCUAUAUUCAAUUGUGGUUUGGCUGUUGUGUAUUUGGGUUCAGGAUCUUAUACCCUGGUUGAGAAGCUGACCAAAGAGAAAAUUAUCUCGCCUUUAGAUGAAUGGCUAGUUGUUUUGCUCCAGGGUUUAGCAUGGUUGCUGCUGAGCAUUACCUUGUGUCUGAAGAGAGCAGUUCCAUACACCAUGCUGUUGAAAGUUUUUUUAGCUCUUGCUGUCUUGCUUUCUGCAUUUCUCUGCAUACCUUCUCUGUUGGAAACAGUUGCAAGAGAAGACAUAUCAGUUAACAGAGUUCUGGAUGUCUUACUUUUUCCGGGUGUUGUUUUAUUACUCUUUUCAGCUGUUCCAGGAUGCAGUUAUGAAGCAUCGGGUUUACACGGUACUGAAGGGGAAUUUUCUCGACCUUCACAAGAUGACAGUUUGCAGACUAAUGAUAAAAGUACUACUCCUUUUGGCAAAGCUGGAUAUUUGAGUAAGUUGACAUUUUGGUGGCUGAACUCAAUGAUGAAGAAAGGCAAGGAAAAACCUCUCGAGGAGAAAGAUAUACCUGGGUUAAGGAAGGCAGAUAAGGCACAUACAUGUCAUGCUAUCUUUAUUGAGAUUUUGAGUAAAAGAAAACAGAAACCAUCACCAGAUUCUCCUCCUAUUCUUUCAACAAUUUUGUUAUGGCAGUGGAAAGAAAUCCUAGUUGCAGGAUUGUUUGCAUUGACAAAUGUUCUUGCUAAAUCGGGCAGCCCUCUUCUUAUAUUGGCCUUCAUUCAGUUGGCAGAGGGUAAGCAUGCUUUUAAACAUGAGGGUUAUGCACUAAGUGUAGCUCUUUUUCUUGUUAAAUCUGUGGAAUCACUAUCUAAAAGGCAGUGGUUAUUUAGAAUGAGGUUGAUCGGGUUGCAGGUAAGAUCUGUCCUGUGCACUGUUAUCUAUGAGAAGCUGUUAAAGCUUUCAUCCGCUUCUACGACUAUGCCUGUGGAAAUAAUGAGUUGUGUCACCAUUGACAUUUAUAAAAUUAGUGAAUUUCCCUACUGCCUUCAUCAUGCAUGGACAACAGCUUUGCAGCUGUUCCUUGCGUUUCUUAUCGUUUAUUACUGCGUGGGUGUUGCUGCUUUUGCAACUGCAAUUAUGAUAGUUCUGGCGGUAGUUGGAAACUUUCCAGUUGCAAAAUUCCAGCAGAAAUAUCAGGUUAAGUUUAUGAAUGAUCAAGACAAGAUAUUACAGGCGAUAUCUGAAGCUGUCAUGACCAUGAGGGUAUUGAAACUUUAUGCGUGGGAGACUCGUUUUAAGAAAGUCAUUGAAGGUUUAAGGAACCAGCAGUACAGAUGGCUAGUAGGACUUCAAAAAGUGAUGGGUUACUCCUUAAUACUUUUUUGGUCAUCACCUAUUUUGGCUCCAAUAGCCACAUUUUGGGCAUGCUACGUCUUAGGAAUUCCUCUGAAAACUAGCAAAGUAUUCACAUUUCUAGCAACUAUAGGGCUUAUUCAGGAGCCUGUCAAACAUAUCCCUCAGAUUUUUUCAGCAUUUAUAGGUGCAAGGGUUUCCUUAAACAGGAUUAUAAAGCUUAUAGAGGCUCAACAGUUGCCGAACCAGGAUACCAGCGUUCCAAGGCUUAAUUGGGAGGAGUGUGGGUACACCAUACAUAUCAAAGCAUCUGAAAUUGCAUGGAAUGGAAAUUUUCUCCGACCAACACUUAGGGACGUAGAUUUGAUGGUAAGUCCUGGAGAAAGAGUAGCAAUCUGUGGAGAGGUAGGAGCUGGCAAAACUACGCUUUUAGCUGCAAUCCUUGCAGAGGUUCCACACAUUAAUGGGGUGGUUCAACUGCGUGGAAAAGUAGGGUAUGUUUCUCAGACUGCAUGGAUACAAACAGGGACUAUACAAGACAAUAUCUUGUUUGGAUCCAUCAUGGAUCCAAGUAGAUACCAGGAAACCCUGGAGAAGUGCUCACUUCUAAAAGAUCUUGAGAUGCUUCCUUUUGGUGAUCUUACUGUAAUUGGAGAACGAGGAGUCAAUCUUAGCGGAGGACAGAAACAGCGAGUUCAACUUGCUCGUGCUUUGUAUCAAAAUUCAGACAUAUAUCUCUUGGAUGAUCCAUUUAGUGCUGUGGAUGCGCAUACUGCCACCAAUCUGUUCAAUCAAUAUGUCAAGGUAGCGCUAUCAGGGAAGACGAUUUUGCUUGUGACUCAUCAAGUUGACUUCCUUCCCAAAUUCGACUCAAUUUUGCUUGUAUCUGAAGGAAAGAUCGUAAGAGGUUCUUACAAUGAGUUGCUUAUGACUAGUGAAGCAUUUCGAAACCUUGUGAAUAAAUAUGAUUCUGCUGCAUCUCAGAACACCAAGGAAGUGUUACGUGAUACAGCUUUGACAGGAACAUCAAAGAUAUUUCAGGAGGACACCAAAGAGAAUUUGAAUGCUAGUGAUCAAUUGAUUAAGCGAGAAGAAAGAGAACUUGGAGAUGCUGGAAUCAAGCCUUACCUACAAUAUCUUAAACAUGGCAAUGCUUUGCUAUACUUUUCACUAUCAAAUUUCAUGCAAUGUCUUUUUCUUCUGGGGCAGUUUGCACAAAGUGUCCUGUUGGCUGCUAACCUUCGAGAAUCUAGUACCAUCAGCAAACCCUUAAUUCUUGUACUUUACGGAGCAAUUGGAUGUGGCUCAAUAUUUUUUCUGUUUGGAAGAACCUUUUUCUUAUAUCUUCUAAGUUUAAGGGCUUCAACAUCUAUCUUUUCCAAGCUGCUGGAGUCGCUUUUCAGGGCUCCAAUGUCUUUUUAUGAUUCAACACCUCUGGGAAGGAUACUCAGCCGGGUAUCUUCAGACUUAAGUGUUGUUGACUUGGACAUACCAUUAAAAUUCAGCCUCGCACUAGGAUCGACUAUUUAUGUUUAUUUUGGAUUUGCGCUGUUUGUUGUUCUUGCUUGGGAAGUUCUGGUAGUAAUUAUCCCCACGAUUUAUUUGGUCAGCGUCUUGCAGGAAUACUACUAUGCUUCUUCCAGAGAGCUUAUGAGACUUGAGGGGACAACAAAGUCUCUGGUUGCCAGCCAUUUUGCUGAAACUGCCACUGGAGCAAUGACAAUCAGAGCUUUUGGAGAGCAAAAUCAGUUCUUCUUGAAGACCUUGUAUCUUCUUGACAAUAAUGCUAGUGCAUAUUUCCAUAAUUUCUCUGCAAAUGAGUGGUGCAUAUUAUAUCUCGAGAUAAUGUACGCAAUUAUUAUCUCAGCCUCUGCCUUCUUCAUGACUAUGCUUCCUCAUACAGAGCAUACAUCUGGCUUUAUUGCGAUGGCUCUGACGUACGGUUUGUCAUUGAGCGGUUAUUCCACGUUGGCUUUACAAAGCCAGUGUGAUCUUGCAAAUAUGAUGGUAUCCAUGGAGAGACUGGAGCAGUACAUGCAUAUUGUCAGUGAAGCCCCAGACGUAAUAGAGGACAAUCGGUCUCCUCCUGAUUGGCCUUCUAAUGGUCACGUGGAGAUAUGUGACUUGAAGGUCAAAUAUCGGCCAAAUACCCCCCUUGUUCUUCGAGGAAUUAGUUGCGUCUUUGAAGGUGGACAGAAAUAUGGGAUUGUAGGUAGGACUGGAUGUGGAAAAACAACUCUUGUUAGCACAUUGUUUCGCUUGGUGGAGCCUACAGAGGGAAAGAUUGUAGUAGAUGGUAUAGACAUUUCAACAAUCGGGCUCCAUGAUCUCAGAUCACACUUUGGAAUCAUCCCACAAGAUCCUGUACUCUUUCACGGAUCCGUGAGAUUCAAUCUUGAUCCCGUAUCAGAACAUAGCGAUGAGGAGAUUUGGGAGGUUCUUGAAAAAUGUCAACUAAUGGAGGCUGUCCGAGAAAAACCUGAGAGCCUGGAUGCCUUAGUUCUGAAAGAUGGUACAAACUGGAGCAUGGGACAGCGGCAAUUAUUCUGCUUAGGACGUGCGUUAUUGAAGAGGAGAAAAAUACUAGUGCUUGAUGAAGCUACUGCAUCAAUUGAUAAUGCAACUGAUUUGGUCAUUCAGAAAAUCAUAUGCACUGAAUUUAACAACAGUACAAUGAUAACCGUAGCCCACAGGAUUCCCACAGUCAUGGACUGCUGUAAAGUUCUCGCUUUAAGUGAUGGAGAGUUGGUUGAAUUUGAUGAUCCCAAAAAGCUCAUGAAUGAAGAUGGCUCCCUUUUUGGUCACCUUGUAAGGGAAUACUGGUCCAACACUGGAAGUUCAUAGCGCUGUUAGCCGUCUGGUGUUUGUUAAGGUGUUUUCGGAGGUUAUCUGAUCUCCGUUGUUUUAAAUAUCUGUAGCUAUGCGGAAGCCUCAAGGGAUGAAUUUGUACUAUGUACUAAGUAGGAUUCAAUAGAUUGGUUACAAAGCAAAAUGCAUAUCCAAUUUCGGAUGCAGUAAUUUAUUUAUAUUUUUAAAAAACAUUAAAGUAAAUCUUAUUGGUUGAAAACUAAAUA